UUCAUCAUGGGCUCCAUCCUGAGCCGCCGCAUCGCGGGGGUGGAGGACAUCGAUAUCCAGGCGAACUCCGCCUAUCGCUACCCUCCGAAGUCCGGAAACUACUUUGCUUCACACUUUUUCAUGGGAGGUGAGAAAUUUGACACCCCCCACCCUGAAGGUUACCUCUUUGGAGAGAACAUGGAUCUGAACUUCCUAGGCAGCCGCCCUGUCCAGUUUCCCUAUGUCACUCCUGCCCCCCACGAGCCUGUGAAGACACUGAGAAGCCUGGUGAAUAUCCGCAAAGACUCCCUCCGACUUGUGAGGUACAAAGAUGAUGCUGACAGCCCCACCGAGAGUGGUGAGAAGCCCCGGGUGCUCUACAGCCUGGAAUUCACUUUUGAUGCCGAUGCCCGAGUGGCCAUCACCAUCUACUGCCAGGCGGUGGAGGAGUUCCUGAAUGGCAUGGCAGUGUACAGUCCCAAGAGCCCGGCCCUGCAGUCGGAGACCAUCCACUACAAGAGGGGAGUGAGCCAGCACUUCUCACUGCCUUCCUUCAAGAUUGACUUCUCUGAGUGGAAGGACGACGAGCUGAACUUUGACCUGGACCGGGGCAUGUUUCCAGUGGUCAUCCAGGCCGUGGUGGAUGAGGGAGAUGUUGUGGAAGUGGCUGGCCACGCCCAUGUGCUUUUGGCUGCCUUUGAAAAGCACGUGGAUGGCAGCUUCUCUGUGAAGCCUUUAAAGCAGAAGCAGAUCGUGGACCGGGUCAGCUACCUACUACAGGAGAUCUAUGGCAUUGAGAACAAGAACAACCAGGAGACCAAGCCCUCGGACGAUGAGAACAGUGACAAUAGCAGCGAGUGCGUGGUGUGUCUGUCAGACCUUCGGGACACGCUGAUCCUGCCCUGCCGCCACCUGUGCCUCUGCACCUCCUGUGCUGACACGCUGCGCUACCAGGCCAAUAACUGCCCCAUCUGCCGGCUGCCAUUCCGGGCCCUCUUGCAGAUCCGGGCUGUGCGGAAGAAGCCGGGGGCCCUGUCCCCCAUCUCCUUCAGCCCUGUCCUGGCCCAGAGCAUGGACCACGAUGAACACUCUUGUCCCUUUAAAAAAUCAAAGUCGCACCCCGCCUCCCUGGCCAGCAAGAAACCUAAAAGGGAAACAAGCUCUGACAGCAUCCCACCUGGCUAUGAGCCCAUCUCCCUGCUUGAAGCACUCAACGGCCUGCGGGCCGUCUCCCCGGCCAUCCCUUCAGCACCCCUUUAUGAGGAAAUCACUUACUCGGGAGUCUCGGAGGGCCUUUCCCAGGCCAGCUGUCCACUUGCUGUAAUCGACCAGGUCCUAGAAACCAGCCACCAGAGCAGGCAGCGGAACAAGUCUCCUGACAGCACUCUGCGGUCCCCGUCAUCCCCCAUCCACGAGGAGGAUGAGGAGAAGCUCUCUGAGGACUUGGAAGCUCCUCUCCCACCAGGUGGCCCGGAGCUGGCCCUGGGGGAGAGCAGCUCCCCCGAGAGUUUCCUAACGGAAGAGGUCGAUGAGCCGUCGCUGAAGCAAGGGAGCCAAGUGGCAUCCAUCGAGGAGGUCCUGCAGGAUGGCAGCCCGGAGCACCAAGGCUGUGCCCAGUCAGGUCCUCCAGCUGACAUCUACCUGCCAGGAUGGUCCACAUCCAUGGAGACACCCCACAGCCUCAGCACCACUGGACCCCCUUGGCCUCCGCUUGCUGGCUCCAGUCCUGAUCCUGCGACCUCUGACCUGACCCCACUGUGAGAGCCUGGUCCUGCUAGCAGCAUGGAGCCCUCAGCCCCCCAGACUCUGCUGAGGGACUGCCCUGGACCUCAGUGUGACCCCAGCCUCUCCUCUCUGCACGCCCUGUGUGGCACCAGCCUCUGAGGGGCCAGGUGACCCUCGAUCAAAGAGCACAGUGGAUUGUCCACUCUACAGACCCUCUUUUUCUAUGGUUGAUAUAUUUGUAAAUGGUACAAGCUAAAGGAUAGCGGCUCUUAACCCUGGGCGCUGGGCCCUGGGGUUCCCCAAAGGCCAGUGUCAAUACUCAGAAAACUGGCGGAAGAGGAGUUAUUGGUGGAUGAAUGUGCUGUUUUCACAGAAUUUCUAGAUGGGGGAGGGGCCCCACGUCACGGUCAAUGAAGGAAACAGUGCCUGUCUGCCCACCCCGCUUUCAUGUUCCUUGUGGUGGACCGGCCCUUGCUGCUACUUUUCCGUCCUGGUGUUGUUGUGGCCAGGGGUGGCCUUCCCUGGUGCUGAGGGCCCACCUGCUCUGCUCUCUGCUCUGAGCCCUUCAGUACCCAGGUAUCUGCCCCAGCGCACAGCCCUUUCCCUGCACCCAUAUGUAGCGGUUGGUUCCCUGUGGCCUGGACCCGAGUCCUGUGCUUUCCCACUGCUUUGCUCCCUCUUCUGAUGCCUCUGCAGUAGUGGCAUUUCUCCACAGCUGCUGCUGCUGCUGAGAAUGUGCAGCAGCUUCCUUGGUUCCUCUGUUGCCUUUUUUUUUUUUUU